AUGAAGGUUGCCGCGAGAAAGACAGCAGCGACGAGAACGCGAAAGGAUCGAGCAUGCACUGCGUCGCCAUCGAGUGACAUUGAAAAUGCUGAUCAGCCAGUUCCACGAGCCGCCAAAACAACUCCGAAGAAAAAUGCAAGGGGAAGGUAAGUUAAUCGACUGGAUUCAAGAAUUCUGAUGACUCGCGACAUUUUCAGAAAGAAAGCAGUCGCGGUGAAGGAGUCGCCGAGUCACAAAAUCACAGAAUACUUCCAAGUACGACGAAGCAGCCGGAAGACGAGCAAACAGCUGCAGGACGAAUCGCACGAUGCUCUCCGGAACAUGGUCCUGAAGGGAACGAACGAACGUCUUCUAGAGAUCUACAAAGACGCGGUGAAAGGCAGAGGCAUCCGGUCGAAGGUCAAUUUCAACAAAGGAGACUUUGUCGUCGAGUACAGAGGUAUUUGGAAGGGUAGUAGAAGACAGGUAGUACAAAUCGAGAAGCUUUCCAGGUGUUAUGAUGGAGUACUCGGAGGCCAAGGUGCUGGAAGAGCAGUAUUCGACCGACGAGGAGAUCGGCUCCUACAUGUACUUUUUCCAACACAACAACAAGAAGUGGUGUGUGGAUGCGACGAAGGAGUCGCCGUGGAAAGGACGGCUCAUCAAUCACUCGGUGCUCCGGCCCAAUCUCAGGACGAAGGUGAGUUCGUUGGAGAUGUCGCUUUUCGAAUUGAAUGACAUUUCCUGAUUUUCAGGUGGUAGAAAUCGACGGAAAUCACCAUCUGAUACUUGUGGCGAAGCGGAACAUCGCGUUGGGAGAAGAGCUGCUUUACGACUACGGAGAUCGGUCGGCCGAGACGAUUGCCAAGAAUCCGUGGCUUGUCAACACAUAA